CAAAACAACUUUCAGAUUCUUGUUUUGAUAAACUGAAUCUUCAUGAACCACUGAGUUUUCAUCUUGUUUAUCAUCAGAACGAAAUUAAUCAUGGCUCGUAGGGGCAAAGGAAAGUGUAAAAUUGUUGAAGAUGAAUGUGAAUAUAAAUAUAAUGAAAAAGAGCAACUACUUAAAGCCUUGAAAGAGAAUGGACCAAGUGUUAUCUCCGAUUUGGAUUUACUGAAAACAUAUUUACCAUCAAAUACUCUGCCUGAGAUUAAAUUUUUGAUUGAAUCGUACGAGAAAAAAGGAAGGGAAUUAAGCCAGAGAGAGAAUUUUAUUGAUUCGUAUCCAGAGAUGAAAAAUAUCGCUCAGUGGUCAUCGAUUAUUUCCUAUUGUGUUCCAUUUGAUGCCAAGUGUGACGAUUUCUCGCAAACAUUGAAAGAUGUUUUUGUAGAAAUGGGAAAACUUUUCUCCACCAGAUCAGGAUCCAUGGAGAAUAUAAAUAUCGACGAAAAUGGUGGUGAAAGUACGAGCUGUAUUCAUGACGAAGAGAAGGUUAAUUAUCAAGCUGUUCACUCUUAUUUUCAAUCAAUACUCGACGGAAGAUUUCCAGUUAAACUUGAUGACCGUGAAGCAUCAAUUGUUUUGGCCAUAAUCGAAAAUUUGAUUGAAAUGGUUGAGUCAGUUGAUGAUAAAGAUGAGAAAGAUUUUUUAACCUCUGAAGCCUGGUGGUUGCCCGGACAAGCCAACGGAUUGACAUCCAAUCCUCAGGUUGAAGGAACAAUCAACGAACCUCAAAUAAGCCAAAAUUUAAACCAAAAUCGACCGGAAUGCUAUGAAGAUUUACCUCGAAUUAGAAAAAUUCGUGAAUGUCUAAACCCUUUAAAAAUCCCUAAGAACAUUUUAGAUCAAAAUCACGAUUUAAUGACCACUUUUCUAAGUUAAGAUUUUGAUUCAUUGCAAUUCAGAUUGUGAUCUUUUCAUUCACAUUCAAUGUUUUAUGCCUUCGGAUUGAUGUUUUUUUUAAACGACUAUUUCAUAUGAAUUAAACUUGAUACAAUUAAAGAGUUUCGAGCUUGAAAAAAUAAA